UCCAGCUGAUUCCAGCACUAUAAAAGUUCCAAAAAACACACACGGCCAUCAGUUGUUGUUUAGGUCUAAUAAUGAGCCAGCCAAUAGACGAAAAGAAACUCCGGGAGUACUAUGAGGUGUCCCUGGAAUUGGUGCGCCAGUGCGGCCCCCUGUUCAUGGAGGGCUUCCGGAAACCGAAACUGGAAUUCCAAACAAAGUCGGCCAUCUACGACCAGGUCACCUACUACGACAAGCAAAUCGAGAGUGUUCUCUCGGAGGGGCUGCUCAAGGCCUUUCCGGAAUCGAAAAUUAUCGGAGAGGAAGCUUUGGCAGACUCGCAGUCGCAUGGCGAACUGACGGACGCUCCCACAUGGAUUAUAGACCCCAUCGAUGGCACCAACAACUACAUCCGCAAGAUCCCCCACUGCUGCAUCUCCGUGGGCCUGGCCAUCAACAAGCAGCUGGUGGCCGGAGUCAUCUACAAUCCGGCCCAGAACGAGCUGUACUCUGCCUGGCAGGGGCACGGAGCUUUUCUGAACGGCCAGCCCAUCCAUGCCAACGACAUAAAGACGAUGGAUCAAGCUGUGGUGGCUUUGGAGACCUCCCUAAUGGUCUUCCCCAAGCGGCGGGGUAGCAAGAUGAAGCGGUUCUACAAGCUGACUUCGCAGGCCAACGGCUCCCGCAGCUUCGGCAGCGCAGCUCUGGGGCUCUGCUAUGUGGCCGUCGGCCAAUGCGAUGUCUAUCAUGUGGAGCACCUAAAGCCCUGGGAUCUGGCCGCCGGAGUGGCCAUUCUCCGGGAAGCAGGGGGUACUGUCGUCCACACCAGCGGCGGAGCCUAUGAUGUAAUGCAUCCCGAUUGCGUGUGUGCCAGCACCGAGGAAUUGGCGAGGAAUGUAGUUCGACUGAUUGAAGAGGCUGACCAGCUAACAUGUUUAACUUUCGAGUAGUGAAGACCUUGAUGAACAUGAAAGAUUACAAAAUGUGAUGAAAUAAAAACAUAAAAUAAUAAACAAACCUAUUAUUAAACUCCA